AUAAGGCGGGGACGGGUGAGCCGGCGCGUCAGACGACGCGGAGUUCGCGUCGAGCGCGGGGGGUGGCGGAGCGUGCCGGCCGCUCGGAUUUUACAUAAUAAAGACAACACCACAGGCACAGAGGAGGGAACCCAAAGACAACCGAGACGGGACCGACAAAAAACACACACCCGGGGCCAAGGACAGGCAGGCCUCGAGGCCCUCCUCGCGACGCCAUGGACGAGAGGAAGGAGGCGGCCGAGGCGGAGAUCCAGGAGCACUGCCCCGAGCACUGGUUCUCCAUCUGGGAGCGCGAGUGUCUUGACGACGCCGAGCAGGAGGCGCCCGAGGAGGAUGACCGCCUCGCCCUGGAGAGGGAGCAGGCGGCGCAGAAGCUGUGGCUCUCGUUUCAGAACUCGGCCACGGCGGUCGCCCAGCUCUAUAAAGACCGUGUCUGCCAGCAGCAGGGAGUCUCCUUGUGGAUCCCCUUCCAGAACGCUGCCUCGGCCGUCACGAACCUUUACAAAGACGGCGCAGAGACGCACCGGAGGAGCUACGAGCACGGCGCGCAGAUGGGGCUGCAGCGGCGGACGCGCGACGUCCUCGCCUGGGCCAAGAAGCGGCGGCGCACCAUCCGGCGCGAGGACCUCAUUAGCUUCCUGUGCGGGAAGUCGCCGCCGCCUCCGCCGUCCCGCGGCGGCUGCCGCGCCCCCGCGCGCCUCUCGGGCAUCCCGGCCUCCCCCCGCGUCGCCCCCACGGAGCCCAGCCCCACCGACGACACCGACCUGCAGCCCUUCCGAGAGGCCAUCGCCCUGCACGGCCUGAGCGGAGCGAUGGCGAGCAUCAGCAUGCGCUCGGGCAACCCGGGCUCGCCCACGCACGCGGCCGGCGGCUCGGGCCCGUCGCGUCGCCGCUCCAGCCUGCACGACAUGGACCUCAACACGUUCAUCUCGGAGGAGAUGGCCUUGCACCUGGAGGGGGGCACCACCACCACGACCACGGCGGCAGCGAUGGCGGCCAGCGCGCGCAAGCGCUCGGCCACGUCGCAGUGCCCCGACGUGAUCACGGACUCGCCGACGCACAAACGCAGCCGCCUCAUAUGAGGAGGCCUUGGGUUGGGGGGGGGGAGGGUGACGACGCUGCCCCCUUCCUUCCUUCCUCCUCCUCCUCGUCCACCUCCUCGUCAUCCUCCGACUACGAUGGCAACGGCCACAGAGCGCUUGGAUCCAAGUCUUGCACACCCUUCCCGUUUAAUUCUUAAGAUUCGAGAGGAAAAAAAAAAAACGACGGCAAAAAAAAAAUACUAACUGGACUGGAACCGUAUACUUGUGAGUAUAUGUGUAAACAGAGUGUAAAAUAAAGUUUAUUGGGCAAAUGCAUCUGGAAAAUUGGACUGUUUGGGGAAGGAUAUUUGGUUAGUGUUCUAAUUGCACAAGCUCAGCUAGUUCUCUAAAGGAAAAAUUCUAAGCACUCAAAAACAGGCUGUUAUAAUCUAAACAAAUGAUUAAUCUCCAUGUUACUAAGUGGACUUAACAUGGAUAGAAGUGACCUUAGAGAAUAUGGUCUUAUGAGCGGUAUCAAAAGACUACAUGUAUUUUUUUUCCCAUUCUGUUUGGCAACAUUAAUGCUAUCAUUGCGUAAAAUAUAGAAUAUCUGUUUAAUAGCUACUCAACCGUCACAACUCGGGUUGAACUUAUGCACCUAUGAAAACAUUUCGUUUUGUUAACAAAGAAAACAACGUUUGGAUGGCGUUUUUUGUGAUGUGUACUAUUCAGUGAAAAAAAGAUAUUCUUUGAAGGUUUAAUCCAUUUUGAAAUGAAGCAUGCGUCAGAAGGCAUUUAAAGGCUUUGUUAGGCCAUAUAUGCUGCCCAGCGAAGAAGAGGAUGAUGGAAGUUGUGUUACGCAGACAUUGAAUUUAAACAAGCUAAAACGUGGAGACGAUGUGACAGAAUUAAUUACGUUAUUUUGUCUUGGGAACAUCAGCAGAUGAAGCUUUUAGUGAGGACGAGCAGGGACUCUGCCGCAGGGGUGUUAAUGGUCAGCACACACUGGACCCUGCAAUCCAGAGGUCGCCGGUUCGAUCUCCGGGCAUGGCGGUUGAGAAUUAGCAAGUUCAUUAAAUCUUCCCCUUCCCUCUGGCUACCCAGCAACUAAUCUCAAUCUCAGUUUAUCUCAAUCAUCAGGAUAUUCAUAUUUUGCCGCAGACCUCCUGGUUCAUGCUCUGCUCUUUACCCAUCUGGAAUUCUGUUCUUCUUGGUCACCCUGCCUCUGCCGUCACUACUCUCCCAACAAAUAAAACAAAUUCUUCCUCCUGGGUUAUUUUCAAUCUCCCAUUUAAUUCUCACCACUUUGCCUCCUACUUCAACUCCAUGGGCUUCCUGUUCAAUGCACUGCAGUCUUUUCAAAUAGCUGAAGCUGUGAGUCUUUAAAUCUCUCCAUGGCCUUGCCACCCACCUGAUCAUCUCUCCUCUCUCAUCCCCUGUCCUCUCAAUUCCCAAUCUUCUCUCUGUUCCUCCUCAGUCCUUUUCCCUUGCACGCCUCCACUGGCAUCAACUUCCAUUGUACAUUAAGCAGUCCCCCUCCUUCCCUCUCCUUGCCCCCUCCACUCCUUCCCGUCCCUCCCCUACCCUUUCGUGAUCCCUAAGUAGCCCUCUGUCACUCAUUUCUCAAUCCUUGCAGCACCCUCCUGCCAUGUAAAUCAUGAUAUUCCACCACAGUUGUCUAUGCUGUGUCAAGCACCUCGAGUGAAGGCGCUGUAUAAAUAUACAAUGAGAUAUCUGGGUACACCGCAGUUGAUUGGCAUGUCAUGCGUGAUGUGGUCAAGUAUGGAUACUUGAACUUCUUUACAAGAUGAACACAAAUAGGCUUUCCCCUUUGCAGGAAUAAUACAGGAGGUGUUUAGAUGUUCAAACACCAAAUAUACACCUAUUGCAAGGCUUCAAGUCUGCAUUUACCACGUAUGCGUAGUGAAUGCUUGUUUUGAUGAUAAUGUAUGCAUUGUCCUUGAAACUGAUCAGCCUACACCAGAGACAGCCUCCUUUAUUGGCCUUGUCUCGCCGGUGUUUGACGAUAGAACAGCAAAACGUGACCAGCACAAAGACAAUGCAACUCAUCAAAGCGUUAUCAAUAGCUCAGGUUGAGCAGUUAUAUCUAUGCGAUAUCAUAAGACCCGAUAGUAUUGCUGGAAAGGGUAAAGCCUCUACCUUUUUUUUAUCUUGAUACCAGCAAAAAGGGUCCCAUAGAUAAAUUAUUGCAAGAUUUCCGGGCCAGUGUGGAAGAGUAGAUCAAUAUACCCCCCUGCUGCAGUGCCCUGUUGCAGAGAGAGGCCCUUUCACCAGCAGUGGUGUGAGCACGGAAUGGUAGGGCUGAGCCUUUUACCUUUCAGGACAAUUAGAAAGUUAAAAUGGCUGAUAAUGCUCCCAAGAAUGCAUAUAUGGCCUAAAAUUCUAUGAAUUUUAAAACACUGCUAUUUCGACUUGUCUUAGUGGAAUACAUUUUUUGAGAGUUUAUUUUAGAAAAAAAAUCGUGUCCUUUUAAUGACCAGUGGGGGGUCUUUGGAAUAAAUUACCGUACGUUUGCAAAAAAAGAUGGCUUUCGUGAAUCCUAUGUUGGCGACACAUUGUUGUUGAGCAGCUUGGAGGGGGUGGGGGGGGGGUUAGCCUUUAAAAACGCCAAAUUCCUUUAACCUGAGCGUUGGAAGCCUCGAACCAUUCUACACUCACCACUCAACCUACAACCUCCGUGAGUUGCACACCUGGUGUAUAACCACUAGGCACAUAAGGAUUAUUUUACCUUAGCGCCAAGGUUGUUGCAAGGCCUUAAAACACGUUUCGACUGUUGCCCAUUAACGUUGCUGUGGCGAACGUGAUGAAAUAGCCAUGGUCUGCUCUUCACUGAAUAGUUAAAGUUGCGGGGGGUUUGUUUUCCGAGUUUCGGACACGGCUUCUGCGGCUGCUGUCCGCUGGUGUGGAAAUUGGAAGGACAACGGAGUUGACAUUUGCGUGCACGGACAAUUUGUAAAUUCGCAAUUGUUAUAGAUGUUCCUUGGAAAAAAAAAUAGCAAAUGCACAACUUGACCAUCGGAAACAGGAAAAUGCUCGGUUUCGUUGGCAAAAUGCUGCUGCUCGUUAUGAACUCGAGUAUUUUAUCCAAUUAAUAUAAACACAUCAGCAUUAUUAUCGCCACCUAUUUUUUUGGUAUAGUUAUAUGGUUGACUUAAUGUUUUUCAGCACCUAUCAACGUGAGCAUAUUUCAUGCAUACAUGGAUUUAGAUUUAAAUUUCACAGCCUCUUAUCUCCCCUCCUGCCUCCCCCCACCUCCUACCCCACAUCCGAAGAAAAUAAACUAUUGUUAUUCCAAGUUACAAAACAAAAAUAUGCCCGAGAACCAUUUUUUUUCCCCUUCCCGUUGUCUCUCAUCCUCAUUGGCUCGUCAUCGACUCCUCCCCGGCCCAAGGAUUGCACACUUGUCAGUGAUGGUUCUGUGGUGGUUAUGGCUGUGCUGCUGCUCCCUCCUUUAUUAGCCGCCGGCGGAGGAGGAAGAAGGGGGGGUUGGCCCCGUCGCUGCAUGCCGGGAGGCACGGGCAGCAUCGAUGGUUGGUGGGUGUCAACCGGUGCAUGAGGAGGUCGAGUGGCAACCACCCCCACUGUGGCUCGGCUCAGUGAGUGGCAGCAAAGUUUUGGCGUGGCACUUUUUUUUUGUUUUGUUUCAUUUUUAGCCGAAUGUGGUGUUUGCAUGCUCGGCUGCCAAAUUUUGCAAAUACGCGCUGUUAACAGUCUUCAGGAUUUGUAAGCUCAACGUAUAUCCUAAGGCCCUGUUUUUUGUCGUCUUUUUUGCUUAUUACAAGGCUUUUUGUGAACUUGUAGUAAACAACACAGACUGAAAUCAUGUUGAAAAUAAGUUUUAAUAAAGUACUUGAAUCUCAUGUCAA